GGCUAUUCGGGUGUAGUAUUAAUAGAAUAACUCCAGGUUAUUACCGUGCCGUAAAGUUCAAAUCCUAGUUUUUGAAGUUUUGAUAGGCAGGGGCUUACCGAAUAACCUGUGCCAGAGAUCUUGCAAGUUUUCGAGGCGGAGGGGCCUAACAAAGAUUGCAGCCAAAUUUGACGUGUACAAUACAAAAGUACAAUGUUCAGCAGUAAAGGAUUCUUAAUUCCUGCGCCACAGAAACUUGGCUCACGUAUGGGGAAGCUGAAGUUUAUAUGAAAUGGGUAGGAUUCAAACAAUCCGGGCAAUCAAAGAUAUUCAGGACGAGUAGGAGCUGCCGGUGUAGUGUAAGUAUGCUACCUACAUAAAGUGGUAGGUAUUGCAUUACCUGUUACUGCAUUAUAGGUAUUACAUGUAUGUACGUUCACGGGUACUUCCUUAUGUUAGUGUAUCGGGACCUGUAUGUAAUACAUAAAAUACCUAACUAUUAUGGGGCUGAACCACCCCCAAAAUCCCCCGCUCAACUUAUACCCAAACAGCCAAACAGCCAGAAUAGGUACUAUGUAAUACAUUGUGAACUCGAUAUGUUACAAAUUUACAAACAUUCUCAAUGUCAGCACAAGUCUCACCGCUGGUAGUUCGGUCGUAAUGCGCCAACAAACCCUCCAAGAAUGUCCCCCCAUCAUUGUUGGCCAAUACUACUCUGCCGCCGUCAUUGUCUUGAUCCUUGCUCACCCCGUUCUCGACUUUCGACAGUUCUGGAGCAUUGUUCCGUUCGCUGUGGUGUUUAUACAGGUGCUAAUACCGGCUGUGGAGAGCUGUUUAUCUCCUAGUCGUAUUCAAUCGUAUUGUAUUUGCCUAGCACAUUCGACGGACAAAUACACCACCAAUUGCACCGUUCAAUUGACUGACCCAAGGGUCAAGCAAGACCCGCCAGUAGGGAGCUUGGGUGGCCUGAUCCGAAGCAGGACGAAGCUUGGUGACGACGUAUGAGAGAGACGAACUGUUACGUGACUUUUUACUGUGUUGGUCAGGUUGGUUAACUCAAUCUGCCCUCGGCUUUAAAACAUGGAACGUACAGUACACACCAUUCACCCAACAGCGAUCUCCCUGGUAGAAGAGCUAUUUCGAUAUUCAAACCCCCAAUACCCCCCUUGCAAAUGUGGAAAGCGACAUUGGAGAUCUUCAACUUUGCAAGGACGCUUGCGUGAUCUCUCCCUCCGUAUUGUUCCAGUCAACUUUGUCGAACCUCGUACUUUUACUUACCUGGUACGUCUACCUGGCUGCCUGGCAAACUAUUAGACCUGUCUAGGUACAAA